UUUACUUUGAGUGAAGCAGCUUGAGUUUUGUCAACCGCCCGCGUGGUCUGAAGUGCAUCUACCUCACAAAAAUAUUUUUCCAAAGGCGGCGCGUCGAGCGCGUUUCGACGCAUAUUGACGUCGCAUAAAAGAAAAAGAAACCUAAAAAAGGAACCAGUACGAAGUAAGGUGGCUUUACUUGCUCUUCUAAUUCUUGAAAAUAAAUGUCUGCCGCGGGUGGAAGCAUUGGGAAUCCUCGUUCGGCUUGGAGUGGCGCGUCUUCAGUUUCCGCAUAUCAAGCCAACAUGUUGCACCAACGAGCCAAGCCGAGCUCGGCGAGCAGUUCGAGCAAAAAUCAUGUGCCGUCCGGCGCGCCGCCGAUCAGCCAGCGGAAAUACAUUGCGGGUUUCGAGCCCUUUGUGCAAGCGUCCAAGUUGAUCAAAGAUAUCGGUCACUACAAGGAGACACGCGAUAAGGUAGACGCCUUUGAGUGCGAAUUCAAGGGGAAGCCGGCGAUUUCCUUUCAGCUCAAACUGGUUAUCGCAACGGGGAUCGCAGUGCACUUGAUUUUGUCGUACUUUUACUUUUUUGGAUAAUAUGCUUUCUGCUGUUAUUGCCAAGAACUUUGAUGCAUCAACUCAAGAGUACUACGUGCUGCUGCUGCCUGCAGCUUCUCAUACCGAAUCGUUCUUCUUCCCGGCCGCGGUGCACCAAGUCCUCCAAUGCUCUCAUGAUGAACGUCAAUCUCAACCAAAAUAAUCAGAUUCAUCCGAUGGCAGCGGGAUCCCGACCACUUCACCUUCUACGAGUGGGGCCUAGGACGAAAGGAUUCAGUACUGGAUUUGUGAUCCUACUUUUCCAUCUGUUGUUGCAGCACAGAAGACAAGCUGACGCCCAGUGGAAAUGUGAGGGCGUCGAAAAGGCACUUACUAUACGUGAGAAAAGAUGCGGCUGUGGUCAACUGAAAGAAAUGUUUGUAGUGCCACUGCCAGCGCGCGAUGAUGAUGUUGAAUGGAUCUCAUACUCAUUCUACCUCUACGCUGUGACUUGAGCAGGACGAACGGAUGGAGGAUGCGUUAUUUGUGUCUGGACUCACUACAACGCAUUUUACUACUUUCGAAGAAUUGAUGAAGAAAUGCCACCUCCUGCAGCACGCCUAGUCCUAGAGCAACAGCACGACACGUCAUUC